ACGCAAUUACUAGUAUCGAAAGUGAUUGUCACAUUGUUAGUUAAAAAAGUUAUUUGCUAUAUGACUGUUAUUGUUUAACUUAUUAGUUAAGCUUUCUUUAACCAAACUUAUUAGAGAAAUAUUGUGGUUUAUACUGACGCAAGCGAGCGUUUGAAGAAUAUUGCCGAGGUGGAGCGUUCGGGUGCGCAGUGUCGUUGUACCAGUCGUGAACGAUGUUCCGUUCGGGUGCCGCUGUAGGACUCCUGUUGCUGCUUCUCCAUGAGGGAGCGGACGGUUGCAACAAUGCGUCGGCGCUGUCGGAACAGUUGGACAGAAUCUUAGCGGAGUACGACCGCGAGAGUGCGCCCGCGCAGCCUGUGCGCGUGCGCGUUGUCUUUGACUUGCGUCAUGCGGCUGUACGUCCCGAUGACACCGUCCACAUGCUAGCAGACCUCACGUUGUCAUGGCAAGAUCCGCGUAUCUCCUGGAAUGCGAGUGAGUGGGACUGCACUACAGUGCUAGCGUCACCGGAUCGCCUGUGGCUGCCGUCAGUGGAGUUACUGAACGGCGCAGGCGCGGGCGGCGCUCAGGCGGCGCUUAACGUGCGCGUGGCUGACGACGGCCGCCUCGUGUGGGUGCAGCGACUCGACGCCGCCGUGCCCAUCGAGCUCGCGCUGCAGGACUGGCCCGUCGACGUACAGACGGCAGUAUUCAAGUUCGGUUCUAGAACCCAUCUCGUAGACGAAUUGGAGUUGGAAAUCAGCGAUGUAACGUUGGCGGUGGUGUUCGAGGCCGGUGAGUGGGAGUUGGUGACUCUGAAGGGCGGGCUGUUGCCGUUGGGCGAGCGCAGCGUUGCGGCGUGGAUGGUGCAGCUCCGACGGCGGGCGGCGGCGCACGAGGCGGCCGCCAGUGCCGUGCUCGCCAGCGCCGUGCUGCUGCUGCUGGCGGCCGCCGCGCUGCCCGCCACCGCCAGGGUGCCUCUGUGCGCCUGCGCCUCUUUCACUGCGACCUUAUGGUGUGUUCACGAUUCCAAACCGUGGAUUAAAACAGUUUUAUCACUAACACCGCAGCCUGCAGCUGACUCGGACAUGGUUUGCGAUGGAUUUGCUUCCACAAUAGCCUUCAAUUCUUCUAUAUUAACUUGGGUCUCGGGCCGUCUACGAGGCUUGUUCUGCAGGUCGAAAUUUCCAGAACGAAAACGUUUUCAAUGUUAUUAG